UGGUCAUUCCCUGCACUGUCUGCAGUCUCUGGUCAUUCCUUGCACUGUCUGCAGUCUCUGGUCAUUCCCUGCACUGUGUCCGCAGUCUUUGGUCAUUCCCUGCACUGUCCGCAGUCUCUGGUCAUUCCCUGCACUGUCCGCCGUCUCUGGUCAUCCCCUGCACUGUCCGCCGUCUCUGGUCAUCCUCUGCACUGUCCGCAGUCUCUGGUCAUCCCCUGCACUGUCCGCAGUCUCUGGUCAUCUCCUGCACUGUGUCCGCAGUCUCUGGUCAUCUCCUGCACUAUGUCCGCAGUCUCUGGUCAUCUCCUGUACUAUGUCCGCAGUCUCUGGUCAUCUCCUGUACUAUGUCCGCAGUCUCUGGUCAUCUCCUGUACUAUGUCCGCAGUCUCUGGUCAUCCCCUGUACUGUGUCUGCAGUCCAUUGUCAUCCCCUGUA